CGUUGCUAGUACUUGUCGAAUUUAUCAAGAUUAUUUCAAUGUAGUGAUAAAAUAUAUUCAUAGUUUUACUAGGACUAUUAAAUAUGUUUAAAUAAGUGCAAUAAAAAAGAGCUCCAUUCAUGACGCCCACGAAGACGGUUGAAGUAGAAAUGGUGGUGAUACGGAACAGAAAAACUGUUAUGAAAGACGGGAUCAUGACAAUGUCGGGUAUCGGUGAGCCUUCCGUUUUCCACGCUUUGGUGGUGAUCUUCUUGGAGUUUUUCGCGUGGGGCCUGCUCACGAUGCCGAUAAUGACCGUGUUGAACCAGACGUUCCCGGAGCACACGUUCCUGAUGAACGGCCUGAUAAUGGGCAUCAAGGGGAUCUUGUCGUUUCUGUCCGCGCCGCUGAUCGGCGCGCUGUCGGACGUGUGGGGACGCAAGUUCUUCCUGCUGGUGACGGUAUUCUUCACGUGCGUGCCCAUCCCGCUGAUGACGCUCAACACGUGGUGGUUCUUCGCGAUGAUCAGCAUCAGCGGCGUGUUCGCCGUCACCUUCUCCAUCGUGUUCGCGUACGUGGCCGACGUGACGACGGAGGCGGAGCGCUCGCGCGCCUAUGGGCUGGUGUCGGCCACCUUCGCGGCCAGUAUGGUGAUCUCACCCGCGCUGGGCACGUACCUCAUGCACACGUACAGCGAGUCGCUGGUGGUGGCUGCCGCCACCGCCGUCGCGGUGCUCGACGUGUUCUUCAUUAUGGUCGCCGUGCCGGAGAGCCUUCCCGAGAAGGUGCGGCCCAGUGGCUGGGGCGCGAGCAUCAGCUGGGAACAGGCGGACCCGUUCGCCGCGCUGCGCAAGGUCGGCGCCGAGCGUACGGUGCUCAUGUUGUGCGUGGCGGUGUUUCUGUCUUACCUGCCCGAGGCGGGGCAAUACUCGUGCAUAUUCAUGUACUUGAAACUAGUGAUGGGCUUUGGGAUGGCGCAAGUGGCGAUAUUCAUCGCGAUUGUGGGUGUGCUCAGUAUUGCAGUGCAAGUUGUGCUCGGUUUCCUCAUGCGCUCUCUGGGUGCCAAGCACACGAUUAUGCUGGGACUGUUGUUUGAGAUGAUGCAGCUCAUGUGGUAUGGAUUUGGUAGCCGCACGUGGAUGAUGUGGGCUGCCGGAGUGCUGGCCGCUCUGGGCUCUGUCACAUACCCAGCCAUCAGUGCAUAUGUGUCAGUCAACAGUCGUGCAGACAGACAAGGUGUUGUACAAGGCAUGGUGACAGGUGUGCGAGGCCUGUGUAACGGGUUGGGCCCUGCAAUGUUUGGAGUCAUUUUCUCACUGUUUCACGUUGACCUUAACGAGGAGCAUGCAGCUUCUGGUAUUGGCCGGCCAGAUGAAGAGAAGUAUGCCAGGCUAGUGCCAGGACCGCCCUUUGUAUUGGGUGCAUUGUUAGUGAUUUGUGCACUGCUGGUAGCUGCAUUUUUGCCUGAGGAUGGAACGGUGGGCGCGCGGCGAUCAUCUCCCGACCUGCGAUUCGAGAUUGAGCGCGGGCGGCGUGUGGCUGGCCCCCUGUCUCCGCUCAUGGCGCCCGAGUCUGCAGCCCUCUAGCAAGCGGCCAAGGCCGGACGAGCGGCCAGUGUGUAGACAGGCGAGCGGCGCGCCGAUUGGGCGCCAAGGAGAUUGCAUUUAGAAGGUACCAAAGUGAACUCUGUGAAUAAAGUGAGUCCAUGAUUCUAUUGCACUGACUACAUUCCUGCUACCAUCUGUUUAUUUUUGCUUAAUGCCCCUCACACCUAACUUUUGUUUAUAACGCAAUCAUCACAUUGUUUUGGUUGGCUCUUAUUCCAGUAUUGUUGCUAAAAAAUCUAUAUUUUAGUCAAUAGUGGAUGCCAAUUCAAAUUUAUCAAGAUUGCCCUCAAAGUUAUGUGCUAGGGCUGCUGAUACUUGUUCAUGUUUUUAAACUCUAUACUUAUUUUUCUAAUAGUUUCUGAUGGCUCUUGAGGGCAUGUACAUAUUUAUUAAAAUAAAAUUGUAAGAUCA